AUCCUUUCAAUAUGCAAAAGACUCUUUGGAAACGAGGAUUUCGGGAGCAUCAAUUGGCAGAGAUUGGAAGAAAAGUGAAUUAUCCUCUGCCGCCUAUGCCCCCCGCCAUUUGCCCCCCGGACCAUCAUGGCUCCAUGCCCGUAGUCUGCUAUCCAUCCAAAGAGUCUAUCCUGAGCCCGUGGCCACUGGAACGCAGCACUGUGAUGCGCCGGACCACUGUCUUAGCCCUCUGCUCUGUUGUCCUUGUUUACCUGGUGACAGGUGCCUUCAUCUUCCGCCAGCUGGAACAGCCGUAUGAAACCCUCCAGCAGGUGAAAAUUCGAGCCUACCUGGAGCAGUUCUUAAAAUUGCACCAAUGUGUAGCUGCUGAAGAACUGGAGGACCUCAUCCAGCAAGUAAGCGAAGCGAUGGGAGUUGGAGUGGAGCCCGUCAUCAACAUCACGAACGCUAACAGCUCACACUGGGACAUGAGCAGUGCAUUCUUCUUCGCUGGCACAGUUAUCACCACCAUCGGUUUUGGGAACAUCUCCCCUAAGACUGAUGCUGGCCGGCUUUUCUGUAUCUUCUACGCGCUUGUGGGAAUUCCUCUCUUUGGAAUGCUGCUUGCGGGAGUUGGGGACCAUUUGGGAUCGUCUCUCCGGAAAGCCAUUGGCAAAGUGGAGGAUAUUUUCUUGAAAUGGCAGGUCAGUGCCACCAUUGUGAGGGUCAUCUCUGCCUUGCUCUUCAUCCUCAUUGGCUGCCUCCUCUUCGUUUCCCUGCCAACCAUCAUCUUCCAGCGGGUGGAAGGCUGGACCCUUUUGGAGAGCGUUUACUUUGUGGUUGUUGCACUGACCACCAUUGGAUUUGGCGACUAUGUGGCAGGGGAUACAAAAAGUGAAGAUCACUUGUGGUACCAACCAUUAGUGGUGGUCUGGAUUCUCCUUGGCCUGGCCUACUUCGCCUCCAUCCUGACGAUGAUUGGCAACUGGUUGCGGGUGUUGUCCCGACGCACAAGGGCCGAGAUGGGGGACUUGACUGCACACGCUGCCUCCUGGACAGGCAACAUGGCAUCCCAGCUCCGUGUCCCAAACAUGGCAUUUCCAGAGAAGCUGCACAGAGUGGGCACUUUAAAAGGGAAGGCACUGUCGCCUUCGGCCAUUUCACCGCAGGAAGAGAACCAAGAGUCACUGCCACCGCAGGAGCAAGUGCCAUCACAUCCCUUGGCUUUACCACCGCCACUGCUGCCUCCCCUGCCACUGCUGCCUCCCCUGCCACCAUCUUCUCGGAGCCCAUCUCCAGGUACCACACAGCGUGUGGCACAACUGAAUGCACGCAACGGCGUCCCGCUGCGGCCUAUAGACUACACAGGCGAAAACCUGGCUUUCAUUGAUGAGAGUUCAGAUGCUCUGAGCGAUGGGGGGCCACCUUCCGCUAGGCUGCCCCGCCGCUUGCGUCCUCGGGCUCGGCACCGUGCCAACACUGGCCAGCCACCAGGAUUGCCCAUGGUCCUGCUGAGCCGGACCCGGGACAAAGGUGAAUCUGUUUAAGGAUGGGACUCAGCCAAUGUCUGGCUUGGAGCAAGUUUCUGAUGUAUCGGUGCAGUUCUCUUUAUUCCUGUCUUCCUGUGCCCAGCAGAGUGAAACCCAGAGCGUCUCAGCUUUUGUUUCCGUGAGGUGCUAAGUGAAUGCCCAGCCUUUUUGUGUCCCCUGGCACAAACCCUCUGCACUUGGUUUCUCAUUCUGUUCUGCCAGCUGGGCUCUGUCCACCUUUCCAUCAACACAAGGAACUUCACCCUCUUUGCAGUGCCAACAGAGUUCCUUGCUUUUGGUGGGACAAACCCUGGCAUUACAGCUCUCCUCUCUGCAUGGUGCUCCCUGACUCAGCCUUCCUCCCAGCACUAGGAUUCUCCUCCUGCUCCCCGAGUACCACUGGAAGCCUCAUCUCCACCUGUGUGCCUGUUAUGGUUGUUCUGCUCUCUUCUAGUCUUCUGGAACUGCACCUCGUGGGUGGGUGAAGGGAUCAGCAUCUCUCCCACCCCAGCUCCAAGCACCAGACUUCCUGUUGCAUGCCCACCUGACCAUCCCAAACCCCAAGUGCACCCGCACACAAUUCCCUCCUCCCUUGUGAGAUUAGGAUAUCUACACUACAGGCAUAAGUCACUUUAAUAGUUGUUGCUUUUCCCCCAGUGAAUCCUGGGAACUGUAGUUCUUUUAGCGAUGAGCUUCAAUCGUGUCCAUGUCUGAACAGAUAUCAUCAUUGAGAGCUCUCAGCACCCUUGCCAAGCUACAAUUCCUAAGAUUCUUUGGGUGGUGGAACCCUUGACAGCGCUGAACCCUUACACUUAUUGAAACUUGGUUGCAAAUUAAUGCAUCUUUCCUCCUUUGCUAUGAUGUAGGGGUGGAGGAGAAAUUCAAUUCAUUUCAUAUUUAAAUGCAAACCUAAAUUCGCAUUUUCUGAAAUAAUACGCAAACCAAAACACACCCAUCUUUUGAUAUUUGCUCUCCUUUGAAUUUUGUAAUGCAGUUCUCCAGUUAUGUGCACAACAAUGCCUAUAAUAGGGUAAGGUGUACAUAAAAGGCAUACAUUUAUGAAAAUAACAUGCAAGAAUGCAUGAUAUUGGGGAAAAUUGGCUUUGCAAAAAUGUGUGUAUUAGGGAAAGUGCAUAAAAAAGGUGUAUAUUAGGAGAAAUCCGCAUUCAAAUGCCAAUGGAUAUUCAUGAGAACUUUAAAAAUAAUAAUAAUAAGCAAACUGAACUUAAGAAAUAGAAACAAAAGUAGACAGAUUUGUCCCUACCUAUUAUGGGGUGUCUGGAAAGGCUACAUUUGGGUGAAACUGUCUAAAAAUGCCAAAAUCUGUGUCUCAUUGUCUUCUAGGGAGGGUCUCUAACCAAUCCUUCCCCUACAUCCAAUAUUGAUGGAGAGGAAUAGUAAAAUUUGGGAAUGUGUGUGUAUCCCAACAGAGCUCCCUCUUGUUGGGCUUCCUCCAAGGGCUGUUUGGUCAUAUGGGGCAGGGCUCCGCAGCUACCCCAAGCUACAGAGGAGAGUAUGGGAGGGUACCUCAUCUCUUCCCGCCUUCCGUCCUUCACUUCACAAAUGUGCCUGUUCUCGACUCUGUAUAUUGGAAGCAUUUUGUUGUAUUUUUUUUGUCUUGUCUUCCAGAAAUUAAAACCAAAACUACACAAGAGGUGUUCAUGUCUGUGUUUGUUUUGUAUUUCCACGCAAGAGACAAGUCUCCACAUUCGUUUUAAGUACAUCACGGUUUUCUAUUGAUCUGUGAAAAAGGAGGGCAUGGGAAGUGUGGAGGAAGAUUGUGACUGAAUGAAAUUUCCAG